AUGGUAACCUGCACAAGCAUCCCGGUAGUUAUACCAGAAGAUGGCCUACCGACGAAGGCUAUGAUCAAAGAUAUUGUCGGCGCGUUUCUCACCAAGGAAUGGUCAAAUAUGGAUCCAGAAACGCUCGUUGUGACAUACAACACUGGAUACGCAAACACAAACUGUGUCGUGGAACGACCAAGGCCAAAGGGCGACACGCACGCCGAACCUCUUAAAGUGUUCCUCAAGAUCAACGGCGAGCUUGAUGGAGAAAUUGAGGUGUUCAAGGACUUGGUUCCCAACAAACACGAAGAAGCACAGCUGUGCUAUGAUUACGGCCAAUCAGGUCUUGGUGCCAAAGUCUAUGGUUUCUUUCAGACACAAGAUGGUGCUUUCGGAAGGGUUGACGAGUUCCUGGAUGCACGCAAUCUAGAGCCAGAAGAUGUGGAAGACGCAAAUAUCCGAGCCGACGUUGCAAGAGGACAAGCCGCUUUUCACGCCAUGGCGACACAACGGGAGAAAAAGCUGGUCGAGACAUAUUACGAUAUCAUCACCCGAGAUCUUGCGAAAUAUCAUAAAAUGGAAAAACUCAAGAGGCUAGCCAACGAAGCAGGUGUCAGUAUUGACAGAAAAAAGGGAUGGUGUAUUCAUGACGUUCAAUUCAUGAAUGUGCUGGUGAAGAACAGCCCCAAGCCGGGAGAAAGCAAGAUCAUCCUCAUAGACUUUGAAUUCGUCUUCCAGAACUACCGAGCGUUCGAUAUUGGCGGCCACUUUUUGCAAAAGAUGUUUCAAUGGUUUGACGACGAGACCAAGAUUGCCAAAUGCCGACCUUAUACUGAAGAGGAGAAGAUUCACUUUUGCGAGGAAUACGCAAUGCGAUGGGAUGAAACGACUGGGGACUCGGAUACAGGGCAGCAGGUCUUUAUGGAAUCUGAGCUGGGUGUCAUGCUGGCCAUCACAUUUGAAAUCCACAACAUGCUUUGUUUUAUGGACCAAGGUGAUGCCAAGGAACCUUUGGAACUCUUGGGGCUCAAGAAGCUAUUUGAAGAGUUUGUCAAUCAGUACAAGAGGCUUGGACUGGAGGAAUAA